GGCAUGUCAGAUUGCUAACGGAUUGACAGUGGUGUCUUCCUGUGAACAGUUCUAAUGCUGGAAAAGUGUGGAAUGACUGAGUGGAGUUUCCAAUAUGUUUUUUUUUUUUUUUUUUUUUUUUUUUUAAGAUAUAUGCACAUUUAUAUGAACAUUGCAUGGGUGUUGAUGUAUUUUCUACAUGUAUAUAUUGCUAGAUCCGAAAUGAUUGAGGUUUGUGUGUGCAGACACUGAUACUUCUACUUCAAAAAUAACACAUGUACCAAAUAUGCAGUCAAUAGUAAAUUCACCAAAGAAGCUACAGCUAACUAUAGUACUAUAGAUAUUAUGGAAAAUAAGUCGACAUGGGCUUUAAGUUGGAGUAUUACUUCCUCACCUCAGAAUAUUAUAAUGUUUUUCUAUUCUCAUGGAUGCCUUGUAAUUUUCUCGUUAGGUCCAUAGCUUUCGAGGAACAAAAUAAAUGGGAUUAUUGUAUAAGCUUCAAAUGAUUACCAUUGUCAUUGAAACAGAGAAAUAAUAAAGUCUGUUGAUUAAAUGAAAAUGAAGUCUAUUUCAUAUUACAUAUAAUCUAUAAAAAAAAGCUGUAAAGCUGGCAUUCAUAUAGAUACCAUGUGUAUUUAUUGUAUGUGCAGAAGUCAUCUGAACGAAUGAUAAUACUGGGUAUUUUUCCUGUAAGGCAGGUUACAUUUUCCUUUUGGUUCUUUGUCUCUGUGUGGGAGUGAGUGUGUGUGUGUAUGUGUGUGUGUGUCCGAGGCCCUCACUGCAUUCUUGCGGGCUGCUCUGCUGGCAAAGCUUGCGUUCUCACAGUUGCCACAGAAAGCUCUAGAAAAUGGAUGCCUGUCACUGCUCUUAGCAAUUAGACGAGGCAGAGGGAAAGCAGGCAAUCUGAAGCGUUUGUCCUAGCUCUACAGAGAACAUGUACAUGUUGCCUUGUCAGUGAAGGCUUAAAGAAGAAGUGGAGUGUGAUUCGGAGUGUGUUUUUGAUGGCGGAUGGCAGCAGCAGCCCUCCCUGCAUUGCAGCAGUGGAUCAGAGCAGAGCGGAGAGAGCAGGGAGAGCCAGCGUGCCACACAGCGCCGAGCGCCCAAUCACGCGCCUCCGUGUGGCUCUCAAACCAAUCGGCAGCCCACAGCUGAGGUUAAAGAUUGACAAUUGCACCGAGAGCGGCAGGGAGAGAGAGCAAGGCCCUUCUGGAAAAUUCUGCACCCAUCUUUGUCUCAUCCCUUACCAGCUAUUAUAAUUGAAGGGGGGAAAAAAAUAAAAAAAAACAAGGCCCUGCCUGAAGAACCUGUUCACUGUGCACAUAAAGAAAAAUAAGUUUAGCAGAAGAGGAAGUGAAGACAGAGUCGGAUGUGAAUGAAGGAAUGGAGAUUGCCACACGAUCCAAAGUGUCUGAUCCAGGGUCAGUGGAGCGCACCGCCCCAAAGCGCAAAGCACCCAGCCCACCGCAUUCAUCCAAUGGACACUCUCCUUCAGAAACUUCUCCUAGCCCAGUCAAAAAGAAGAAGAAACCGGGAGCGGUCAACAGCAGCAAAGAUCAGUCCGAACUAAGACAUGGUCCCUUUUACUAUGUGAAGCAGCCCGCACUCACCACAGACCCUGUUGAUGUUGUACCGCAGGACGGCAGGAAUGACUUCUAUUGCUGGGUGUGCCACCGCGAGGGCCAGGUGCUCUGCUGUGAGCUCUGCCCACGCGUCUACCAUGCCAAGUGUCUCAAACUGGCUGCUGAGCCUGAAGGCGACUGGUUCUGUCCUGAGUGUGAGAAAAUAACCGUUGCAGAGUGCAUUGAGACCCAGAGCAAGGCAAUGACCAUGCUCACACUGGACCAGCUGUCUUACCUUCUCAAGUUCGCCCUCCAGAAGAUGAAACAGCCGGGUACAGAACCGUUUCAGAAGCCAGUGUGUCUUGAGCAGCAUCCGGAUUACGCAGAGUAUAUUUUUCAUCCCAUGGAUCUCUGUACGUUGGAAAAGAAUAUCAAAAAGAAAAUGUACGGCUCUACCGAAGCUUUCCUGGCUGACGUGAAGUGGAUUUUGCACAACUGCAUCAUUUACAAUGGAGGUAACCAUAAGCUCACCACAACAGCCAAAGUUAUCAUAAAAAUCUGUGAACAUGAAAUGAAUGAAAUCGAGGUCUGUCCAGAGUGCUAUCUUUCAGCCUGCCAAAAGAGGGACAACUGGUUUUGUGAGCCAUGUAGUAACCCUCAUCCCCUAGUGUGGGCCAAACUUAAGGGCUUUCCAUUCUGGCCUGCCAAAGCUCUACGAGACAAAGACGGACAAGUAGAUGCUCGAUUCUUUGGACAGCAUGAUAGAGCCUGGGUCCCAAUCAAUAACUGCUACCUCAUGUCUAAAGAGAUUCCUUUCUCUGUAAAGAAGACCAAAAGCAUCUUCAACAGUGCCAUGCAGGAGAUGGAGGUCUAUGUGGAGAACAUUCGUAAAAAAUUUGGCGUCUUCAAUUACGCCCCGUUCCGCACACCCUACACGCCGGACAACCAGUUCCAAAUGCUACUUGACCCAGCAAACCCAGGGGCUGGCUCGGUCAAACCUGAAAAACAGGAGAAGGCCAAGUUCAGCGUUGAUAUGACAGCAGCACACGUAGGCAAGGGCAUGUUGUCAGCCGGGAUGGGUGGUGGAGGGGCUACUGGUAGGCGGAUCUCUAUGCCGGACAUACCGCGAUCGCCAAUGAGCACUAACUCUUCUGCUCAUACCGGCUCUGAUGGCGAGCAGGAGGGUGGAGAAAAGAGCCAGACCAGAUCACUUCUGCAACACCACAGCACAGGAGAAGAGUCUCUCGACAGCACAGCAUCCCCUGCUGCUCCGCGAGCUGGUCCUGCAGGCAGCACCAUGGACAGCCCCAAACCAUUUCACUCUACAGCCCCAAACACACCUGUUAAACAGGAGAAGACCCCCGGCACAGGCAGCAUCUUAAACCUUAACCUUGACCGCAGUAAGGCCGAGAUGGACCUAAAGGAGCUGAGCGAGACGGUUCAGCAGCAGCAGGGCGCUCAGGCCUCACUCACUUCCCCUAAAAGGCAGAUCAGGAGCCGCUUCCAGCUCAACCUUGACAAGACCAUUGAGAGCUGCAAAGCACAGCUGGGUAUAGAUGAGAUAUCAGAGGAUGUGUACAAAGAUGAGGAGCACAGCGACUCGGACGACUCUGACAAGUCUGACUCCAGUGACAGCGAGUACGCCAGUGAUAACGACCAAAAACCAAAGAGCACCAAGGACUCUGCUGCUGCUGAAAAAACAGAGAAAGAACUAUCUAAAAAGAAGCCCAAACUGCCAUCCCCUGCUGGCGAAGACAAGGACAGCAGCACAGAAUCCUCUGGUACAUCUAGCUCACUGACCAAAGGUGAGAUCGUGCAGAAAGUAGGAAGCAGCGUCUCUCAAGCAAAAGAGAAGCCAGCUGCUGAGUCCGACAAAGAAGUGCCUAAAGCAGCACCAGCAUCUCCCGGUGCAAGAGACAAAUCCAAGGUAGCAGAGGAAGCCAGGCAGCCUGUGUCUGUCGACGUAGACAUGGACUCCGACUCAGAGCGAGAGCUGGUGAUCGAUUUGGGAGAAGAACCUGGAGGAAGAGAGAGGAAGAGGCGCAGGAAAGACUCAGCCGCCGUCACCGCACUCAAAGAGCCCACAGCCUCCAAGACAGAGGCUAAAUUACCUCCCGCAGGAAGUCUUGCUCCAUCUCAAACCCCUUCAGCACCCUCUUCCACUCCAGGCCUCAAAGACCCCUCGCAGUCUCCCAUGGCAGUUCCUCUAAACGUAGUCACCAUCCCUGCUGUCCCUAGCAGCGCAGCCAUCGUCUCUUCGUCCCUGCCUAACUCAGCUCCUCCUACAGCCCUGCCCUCCUCCACCCCCACCAGCACAGUGAAGAAACAGCGUCCCCUGCUGCCCCGCGAGAGUGUCCCGGUGGUGCAGCGGGCGGUUGUGUGGAACCCUGGUGCCAAGUUUCAGACGUCGUCUCAGAAGUGGCACAUGCAGAAGGUUCAGCGGCAGCAGCAGAGCCACACGCAGCCUCACGCUCCGGCACAGACGUUACCGCAAGCACAGCAGGCAUCGUCUUCACCGUCUUCUUCCACUUCCAGCACUCGAUAUCAAACGCGACAGGCUGUCAAGGCUGUGCAGCAGAAAGAUUCCCCACACAGCACCUCGACCUCGGCGGUCACUCUGGUCACCAGCACCCCUGUGUCUGCAGCCAUAAUGGCAGGUGUCACGGUUAGCUCUUCCUCCUCGUCCUCAUCCUCCUCCAUGGCUGGAGAUCUACAAAUCCCCACCACCUCUGCCGACGUGGCAGCUGACAUCGCUAAAUAUACCAACAAAAUCAUGGAUGCAAUCAAGGGGACAAUGACCGAAAUAUACAAUGAUCUCUCCAAGAGCACCUCAGGAAACACAAUAGCUGAAAUUAGGCGGUUACGGAUUGAAAUCGAAAAGCUGCAGUGGCUCCAUCAACAGGAAUUAUCAGAGAUGAAACACAAUUUAGAGCUGACCAUGGCGGAGAUGCGGCAGAGUCUGGAGCAGGAGCGAGAGCGGCUGGUCGCAGAAGUGAAGAAGCAAAUGGAGAUGGAGAAACAGCAGGCUGUCGACGAGACCAAGAAGAAGCAGUGGUGUGCCAACUGUAAGAAAGAGGCCAUUUUCUAUUGCUGCUGGAACACAAGCUACUGUGACUACCCCUGCCAGCAAGCACACUGGCCAGAACACAUGAAAUCCUGCACGCAGUCAGCAACAUCGUCACAGCAAGAGCCAGACACAGAGUCAAACACAGACGGCAUUUCUAAGGUUUCUGGCCAUCCGAACAGCAGUCAGGACUCGCCUCGAGAGACUGCAGGAGCUCCUCCGACAGACAAGGGCAGCGAUGUGGACAAAUCGAAGGACACUGUCACUGUCAGUAUGUCCUAGCUCAAGACAUACUGUACUAACUACUGUAGAACUGCACUUAAAACUGCACAUAUGUACAAAACAUAGUCAAGUUCCGUCACUACAACAAAAUACUUUUCAUGUUGUUGUCUUGCCAGGAUCUGCUUUUAACACUUUGGGAGGCUGAUUUAAUUAUUUCUAUCAAUGACAGCUCCAUGUUCCGAUCUCAGUUCAAUAUAGCAUUAAAGACACAACCAGACCUCUUUAGUGACUUACUUACUUUACUCUGGUUUUUUUUUAUUAUUUGGUUGUUGUUUUUUUUUUUACUUGAUUCUUACUUGAAGUCCAUAACAUUUUCUGAUUGGCUUAUUCAUUUAUCACCAUAAUACCAACGUCAUUACAGCGUAGAGUCCACGAAUGGGCCGCUGCAGGAUUUCUACACAAAGCAGUUAUCCAUUGGUGCUCAGUCCAUGUUUGUGGGGAUUUUGUACAAUUAUUCAAAUCCUAUUUGGCUUUCAGCGCUGCACUCAAAACGAGAAGCUGUUUUCUCUCAAAUCGUCUUACACAGAAGACAGAAAACCACUUUUUUUUUGGUCACAUCAUUUUAAACGGCAAGCCUCUCGCCAGCUAGAGUGGAGUUAUGAAGAUGUAAAUGCUUUAGUGAUCCGAAAGUAUCCUGGUAAAUAUGGUUUAGGUGUCAUAACUGAAACAUCCUGUAGGUAUCACUGAUAUCUUAAAGACAGAAAACGAUGAAGCGAUGUUGUUCACUGUGUAAAGGCUCAUUCUGAAACGGAUGUCAUGUUGUGUUACAUUUUUAUUGCAGGUUGUCUAUUUCCUAAUAUAUGUGUGUAUAUAUUUAUAUAUAAGCUUUAUAUGGGGGUUGGGUAUAAAAAUGUGAGAUUUUGUUUUUAUUUUUUAAUAGUUCACAAAUUGUAAAGAUGAAUAUUUGUUUAUAUUUAAUUCUUUCAACUUUCUGUUUGGUAAUAUGAAACUCAGAAGAUUACAUUAUAUUUUAUUUUCUCUAUGCAUCCAUUACUAAAAACAUUUGCAAUUUUGAGGGACAAAAUAAUAAUUAAAAAAAAGCUUGACUAUUGAUCUAUUAGUAGUAGUGUUCCAAAGUGGUGUUGUUGUUUUUAAACAAUAUUGUUUUGUUUUUUUAUGAAAGUGUAUUAAAUAUGGCAUGGUAUGAUACAGUCUCAAUGUAUCACAAGAUACCAGGCUGAUUACUGUUAAAGAAUCACACACUUUAUUUUAAUUUUCAUUUUAACACCUUUGCCUUCACUCGCACUUUUAAACGUGACCAUUAAAUUAUUAUUUUUUUAGACAUUAAUUACAUCUGACCAAGCUAUUUUGUUCUUAUGUUUUUUUUUUUUUUGCAUUAAAUUCAGAUCAGUAAUAAUAUUUUCAUCUCAUUCACUAUCCUUAAUACAGACUACAGAGACAUUUCAUUACUGCUUUUCUAAUUGAUCUUUAUGUACUGUUGACUGAUCAUUCUGUAAUCUUUCUGAAUUUACUUUUUUAUUUUCUGUUGGAACAGUUACCUUUAUGUUUAUGUUUAUAAUACCCCUGUCCGAUCGACAAAAAUAUAGCGGCCCAGCAAAGUUACCAAAGCUGAAGCUAGAAGGUCAUAAUUUACAUUGUGAUGCAUUAUAACAGGUCAUUACAGUACAGAAACACCAUUUGAGCAGCCUCCCUAAUAUUUACACUGACUGUUGACUGUUCAGUACAUUCUUAGCUCUUAAAAAAGAACUGCUGUGUAUAUUACAACUUAAAAAUAAAACACAAACACACACACACACAAAUGUUUACAUAUUGUACAGAAAUAAAAUUUGGUGGUCUUAAUGUGUCUUUAUUUAUUUUUUGGGUUGGUGUCUGGUGCAAGACGAUAAGAAUUCAUGAAUGUCUUAUGGCAGGUUAUGUCACUAUAAAUGGUUAAACGUAUGUUGUGUUGUUCAUUAAUGAAUUAAGAAUUUGGUGCUACUUUUGUAGGAUAUUUUAUGUGUUUCAUUACUGUUGAAUUCUCAAAUUUGCCUGCCAUAGUCUGUCACGUCUCGAGACGUAACGCAGAUAGGGACGGAUGCAAGUGCAGUUCAACAGUUUUAUUAAAGAGAGACACAGGUAGAUAAAUCCAAAACAUGCAAAAGGUCAGGCGAUCGACAAACAGGCAUAAACGGAGCAAAGCAGGAAUCAAGGUCGCGGUCACGGAAAACAGGGUCGAGAAACAAAACAAGAAACAUAAACAAUGACUAGGAACUGGGAGCGGAAAAACCAGCAAUGGACUAAACUAACAUGGAACAUAACAUGCACAAAGACUAUGACUAUGACUGAGGUAAACUAUCGUAAGGAAUCAAAACUAAGUAUCUUAACUAUUCUGAUCUACUAUAAUAUUCCGCCCGUGUGCUGGGAGGCGCGCGGUGUAUAUAUACAAACAUAAUCAGCGUCAAUUGCUGACAGCUGACACCAAUCUAAACACACGUGAAAUAACAGCCAAUGACAGAACAGGGAGGAGACAUAACAGAAACAUAACAAAAAGCAAGUGUCCAAUGUACACAAUGUCACGAUUGUCAACAAAUGAAAAGCAGGUUCUCACGCACGCGCGCCCACAUGCUCUCCAGCGCACUGCUUAAAGGGGAAACCGUGACAUAGUCUAAGGACAAUAAUAAGCAAAUUAAAGAACUGAUGUUAUUUAACAAACAAAAAAAACGUAAUCGUUGAUAUAGUGAAGUUU